AUGCAAAAACAGCACAUUUUUGAUCAAAAAGGUUUUGCCGGAAUUCGAACAUCGCUUCGAUUUGUCACAGAACACAGUCGGGUCUCGCAACACUUGCUAACCAACAAGUUUAAAAUACAAUCGUUUACCAAUAAGUUUAAAAUGUAUUUGUUAACCAACAAGUUUAAAAUGUAUUUGUUAACCAACAAGUUAAAAAUAUAUUUAUUAACCAACAAGUUUAAAAUGUAUUUGUUAACCAACAAGUUAAAAAUAUAUUUAUUAACCAACAAGUUAAAAAUAUAUUUGUUAAUCAACAACUUUAAAAUGUUGUAUCAAAAAGUAAAAUAA